CCAACAAUUUCUUUCCACCGAUCACCAUAAUCAACAUCAUCAAAUGCAUGUCAAACGUGACACCACGCGCCACUUGACCGUCUGGGCCUAGUGUAAUUUCCUCAGUAUUAGCAGUGCUAUUAGUACAUAGCAAUUGAGUAUCUAUAUGGGUCUUUGCAUUUCCCUAUAUACGCGCUAAUAUUCAGCCACGUGGUUACACGCUCUCCCCCAUCUGCCCUAUAAUAGUUUUCAGUCUCCAUCUCAGGUAUAUCGACUGUCUCAAUCUCAUUCUUCGGACUCUCCGACUCCCUCAGUUUCAUGCUUGCUCACGAGUAAUUUGGAGGUCGGUAUUUAAAUCCACUAAAAAAUGCCGGUCAAUCCAAGAGUAAAAAAGGCAUUUCGUGCUAUGAAAAGUAUUGGCAUCUCUGAGGAAAAGGUGAAGCCAAUCUUGAAGAGCCUUCUAAAACUAUAUGACAAAAAUUGGGAGCUUAUUGAAGAGGAAAAUUAUAGAGCACUUGCAGAUGCUAUAUUUGAAAACGAGGAUGCAGAGGUGGCAGAACAUAAGCAGCCUGAAAAUAAUGAAGUACGUGCUUUGCCGCUCGUGCAGCGAGAGGAAGUUUUAGAGGAAGAAGCAGUGUACGAGGAGCCUGAAAGACCAUUAAAGAGAUUGCGAUUAAGAUUUCAAGAAGGUCAAGCUUCACCUUCCUCUAACAAUUCUAGUGCCGGGACUUCUCUUAAAAGGCCUAGGCGGGAGGAGGAAGGUGAAUUAUCUGGACCUCGUUAUCAGAACCAAUUACAAGGGGAAGCAAAUCCUAGUUCUGUUAGGAAAAAUCUCAGGUUGAACGAAACUCAAACAUCUCCAAUCACGUCCAGGGGUCAGAGUUCGGUUUCUGCAAAAUCUUCCCAUGCAUCAAAACUCAAAGAGCCAAAGACAGAACCAGGUGGAGAAUUGUCCUCUAAACAGAAGAUGUCGGGAUCCCUUGCUUUAAUCAAGCCUAAGGAUGAACCAUAUACUGAUGAUAUGCCACUGUUUGAGGUUCCGAUUGCUGUUAUUCACCCAGAGCCGUCAAAUAAGGGAGAUACUUCAAGUGGUAACACCUCAAGGUCUGAACCUUCAGCGAUAGACCUAAGAAGUGUAAGGGAUUCAGGCAUUAUGACUUCAUUGAAUGUAAUGACAACCAGUCGUGAGCUGAUAGAAGUCCAGGAUAGAUGUCACGUUGAUGGAGAUAUUGCCUCCUCACCAUCUGGAGAGGUAAAAAUCUCUAUUAGCUGUGACCCAGCUCUUUGUAGAUCAUCAGAUUUCCAUAUGCCGAGUGUAGAAUCAGUUCUGAGGAUGGUGGAGCUUAAAUGUCUUAAAUCAUACAGAAUUAUGGACCCUAACUUUUCUCUGAUGAAGCUGAUGAAAGACAUGUGUGAGUGUGUUUUGGAACUGGGAACGCAACAUAGUCCUGAACUGCAAUCAACCAAAGAUGUUGCUGCAGAAAAUGAUUUUGGCUCGAGAAGCAUGACCGUUAAUUCCUUAAAUGAAGGUAUGAAUUUUGAAAUUGAUGCUGGGGAUGCUCAACCAAAGAUACCCCCACGCUCUCCUCCUCGUAUUGGUGAAGAUUGCAUUCAAGCUGGUCAGAUUGCAUCAAUGGGCAACUGUGGUAGUACUACAGGAACUGAUCAGAAUGGUAUUGAGCAGACUAAUCCAUGGAGUAUGGACGCUCCAUGUGGAUUAAUUCUAGGUGAAAUAGGUUCUUUUGAUUCCUUAAAUGAGUUGCUGAACUCUGAUCUUGGUGCUGGGGAAGCUCAACCAGAGAUACCCCAUCUCAAUUCUUAUUUUGGUGGAGACAGCACUCAAGCUGAUCAUACAGCAUCAACAAGCAACUGUGGUAUUGCUCCAGAUACAAGUCAGAGUCGUCUUGAGGAGAUGGUUUCGUGUGAAGCGACUCCACGUGAUGUUGUGUCUGUUGAAGUCAUUGAUAUAACCAAGGGGCAAGAAAAUGUUGUAAUUUCUUUGGUGAAUGAAGUUAAUAGCAAUCAACCACCAUCAUUUCACUACAUAGCUUCCAAUGUGGUUUUCCAGAAUGCAUAUGUAAACUUUUCUCUGGCUCGUAUUGGAGAUGAUAAUAGUUGUUCAACUUGCUCUGGUGAUUGUUUAUCAUUGUCCACACCUUGUGCUUGUGCACACAUAACCGGCGGUGAUUUUGCCUACACAAAGGAAGGUCUUAUAAAAGAAGAGUUUCUUAAAGAAUGUAUUUCCAUGAAUCGUGACCCCAAGAAACACUGCCAGUUAUUUUGCAAAGUGUGCCCAUUGGAAAGAUCAAAAAAUGAGGACAUUAUAGAAGCUUGUAAAGGUCAUCUGGUGAGGAACUUCAUAAAAGAGUGUUGGUGGAAAUGUGGCUGUAGUAAACAAUGUGGCAACCGUGUAGUACAGCGAGGAAUAAGCCAUAAGUUACAGGUCUUUAUGACUCCGGAAGGGAAAGGAUGGGGCUUGCGAACCCUUGAAGACCUUCCCCGAGGUGCUUUUGUCUGUGAAUAUGUUGGAGAGGUUCUGACCAACAUAGAACUCUUUGAUCGUGUUGCACGGAGCCCCAAUGGGGAGGAACAUUCUUAUCCAGCCCUGCUGGAUGCUGACUGGGGUUCAGAGGGUGUCCUAAAGGAUGAAGAGGCUCUUUGUUUGGAUGCUACAUUUUAUGGGAAUGUUGCCAGGUUCAUCAAUCACAGAUGCUUCGAUUCAAAUUUGGUUGAAAUACCAGUUGAAAUAGAGACUCCUGAUCACCACUACUAUCAUCUUGCUUUUUUCACUACAAGAAAGAUUAAGGCAAUGGAGGAGCUCACUUGGGAUUAUGGUAUUGAUUUUGAUGAUCUUGAACAUCCAGUAAAAGCAUUUAGCUGCCAUUGCAGUAGCAAGUUCUGCCGAAAUAUGAAACGUCCAAGCCGGAUAGUCACAUAGUCUAGAGAGCCAACCAAACAACUAUGCAGGAGAUAAGUGAUCAUAAGAACAAAGUUAGCUAUGGAAUAUGCGGAUUUGCACUGACGUGUACCUUUUCGAAGAGCAAUAGGAAGGUUCAAAUUUUCUAAAGGAUCAAAUGGAGAAAGGUCUGAUGAUGGAGUUGAUGUAGGGUAUGUAUCAUUAAUCUAUUGCCUCAUUGAGUAAACUUGAACAAUUAGUGGUCUUGCUGGUCCUGAUUGAGUAGGUUGUGAAGGCAUAAUGGUCGAUAGAUGCUCAAUUUAAGAACUAAAAGAUUGGGGGAACUAUUUCAGUUGAUUGUUCUGUUACAACACGAGUAACCUGAUAGGCUAACCACUCAUCUUCGUCCCCUGACUUGUAGAACUUAGAGGUGCAUAAAAGAAAGGUGUAGUCUCUGAAAGUAUUACAUCAGUUGAUACUAAAUAUUUACCAAGUUCAGUUGAACAACACAUUCAUACCCCUACUGAAGGCGAGAAUAGCCUUAAGAAAACACGCUUUAAUGCUUUAGGAUCCAACUUGUUAAUAGAUGGUCGAACAUCUCGAACAUAACACGUGCUUCCAAACACCUUAAGUUCCAUUGGAAAUAAUGAUUUAUUUGGAAAAGGAAUAUUAUAAGGCAUUUACUGCUAAUACAAUUGAUGGCAUGCGAUUGAUCAGAAACAAGCAGUAGAGAUGGCAUCAGGGAGUAAACACUUUAGAUCUGCUCUUCAUAUGAUAUAUCUAAGUCAUUUAAGAAAAAUCAUCUACAAAUGUGACAAUAUUUAUGCCAAUUUUCGAAACAACGGGACAAGUCCCCAAACAUCAAAAUUUCCUUACUCAAAAGCUCACUCAACUAUCUUAUUAAUCCUUGGACCUAAUGAGAUGUGAUAGUGUUUUGCAAAUUGGCAUGACUCUCAUUCCAAUGAGGAAAUAUUUUGCAAUUGAAGGCAAAACUUUUUCAACAAAGGUAGCUGAGGAUCACCCAAUCGAUAAUGUGCCUCAAAUGGAGACACGACACUAAAUUAGGCAAUAGAUGGAGACUCCCACUCAUCCAUGAUAUAAAGAUCAUCGGACACAUGUUCUUUUCCAAUAAUGAUAAAAAAAAUGAGAUAUAACAAUUAGGUUCUCUCGUAAAUUUUCUAACAAAAAUCAAAUCAAAUGCCAAUUUUAGUAGACUUGGCACUUAUGACGAAGUAAUAGAUGAGGUUGGUUGAACAAUACUAAAUCCAACGCUAUUACAAGUUGAUCUAUUAGCUAUAGUAACAAGAGAGGCUGCUUUGUGUGAUUUAAAACUAGUAAAAUAUUAGGAUUCCUUGUCAUAUGAUUUGCGGUACCUGAAUCGAUCACCCAUUUGUUAGAAGAGCGGAUGAGACAUGUUUUAUGUGUUCCUUGUCAUAUGAUUUGCGGUACCUGAAUCGAUCACCCAUUUGUUAGAAGAGCGGAUGAGACAUGUUUUAUGUGACCUAAACUAAGGAAUUAACCGGAUCGGAUUCCUUCAAUGAUUUUUGAUAUUGAAAAAAGUUGGCGAACUCCUCGACCGAAUCUAAUUUGUCGGAUAAUGAACGUGAAGCAACAACUUUGAACUGAUCUAUCAUUUUACUAGCUAUAUGUCAAAGUGAUUCAAAAUCCCCAAAAACAAACAACAACCUAAUAACACAAUAAAAAAGAAACGGAUAGUAGCCAAACUCGAUGGCUCUGUGGAAAUAAUUUCCCAAAUAAGCUUCAAAUAGCCUCCAACAAACAAUAUCAAAUCACAAGUUGGUCAAGCAACAAUUCCACUGCUACACUCAUAGGCAAUUUCCAUAAUAAAGUAUAAUUAGCAACAAACAGAGAAGUCUCAAACCUGACCAAAGAGGGUCUACAGAUUUUGUUUGGAGGUUUUCUGCUCGAGAAAAAAUGGUCCUAUAAUUAGGGGAUCACCACAAGUCAACUAGAAAUGACAAGCUAAUGUCGGAGAAGGAAGCCGGACCAAGCUUGGUCCACUAACGAGCUUCUACACCAGCUUCUAUGGUUUUAUAGAUCAAGAGAAGACCGUCCUUCUUUGGUUGGUGGCAGAAACUAAAAUCAAGUUCACUCACGUACAUUGCUCGAAUUUCGACAAGCUUUCUAAUUGACAAAGAACAUGUAAUGCUUUGAUACCAUGUAAAACACAGACAAUAGACCAAUUUCCUUGUUAUAUUAUUUCAAGAACAAGAGCUAUUUGUUGGUGUACAAGCAACUAAGGAAAUUAAAUCAGAAAAUCUCUAUAGAUACUAUAAUUAUGCUAUAAAUAUUAUGAGUAGAUUUGAUUUAUGUACAUUGUAUCAUUUUCAAAUUCUUAGUUGAUAAAUUUGUCAUUCACUAGUAACUUGACACGUGUGUUGCAUAUGUGUCCUAUGGAAGUAGUACAAACAAUAUGAAUCAUAUCAAAACGGUAGUGUAAUGAGUAAUUAAAUAAUUAAAUGAAAACGGUACGAGCUGAAAGUACCUUGAAUUCAAUUCAAAACAUAUGCCACUUACCUAUACUUUGAAAUAAAAAAAUCUACAUACACUUGAUACUUCAGUUCAAUAUUGCCUACAAGCAAAUAUGAGCUGAACUUUUCCUCUGAAACCUUUGGACAUUGUGAAGUAGUUUCCCAAGGAAUACUUCUUCCAUCCCAUUUCAUGUGGCACCCUUAGACCUGACAUAAAAGGUAAGACUUUUGAAUUUGUUGCUUUAAACAAUUCUUAGAUCAGUGUUGUGAAAAGCGCGCUUCAAAGCGAGGUGACACCAGUGCGCUUCUUUCUCUUGAGGCGAUGCGAUCUGAAAAAUGCGCUCGCUUCAGAUAAAGAAGCGAAAAGCGACACUAAGGCAAAAGUGCAAUAAAGCGCGCUUUUUAUAAAAAAAGCGACAAUUAGGGUUUUUUUUUAUAAAAAAUAGUUUUUUUAAAAAAAAAUCUGAAAUAUACAAUAUAACUUAAUUUUUCUUUCACGACUCUUCUUUUGCUUCUUCUCUCUUCACAACCGCGACUGAGACUGUGUCUCUCUUCACACCUCGACCGCGACUGCAAGUAAGUUUUAACCGAUGCUUGUUAGUUCAUCUCUGUGAGUUCCUUUUCCCCUGAAAUAUACAAUCUUCGCCUUUGCGUCAUCUCGGUGAGUUUCUUUUCUCUUCACGAUGCAACUGCUGUAGUUUUUUUUUUCUUCUUCUCUUCUUCUCUUCAUCUCUGCUGUGAUCUGCUCUGUGUCUGUUCACAAUUACUGAUUGCCGCCUCUGUUUUUUUCAAUUCUUUUGCUUCUUUUUUUUCGUUUUUAUUUUGUGAUCAAUGUGUAUGCUAGAAGCUCUUUUUUUAAUUUUUUGACACUUCUGAUGAUGAAGAAGAUGAUGACCAAUUAUAACCCUUGGUUAUGGCACUUGAAGAGUUUGAGGAUCUUGUUGAAGUAUAGGAGUUUGAGUAUUUGUGAUUUAAUUAUGUUUUUGAUUUUUUGCUUUAUAUGUUAUGACUUAUGAGUAUUAUUGACUAUCUAUUUUCUUUUAAUCUAAGACUAUAUUACCUCUAUUUAGAUAUUUAAUAUUUUUUUUAUUUUUAUACUAAAUGUCACUUAUUUUUUUUAAAAAAAAAGCGUGCGCUUUGCUUCACGCUUCUGUGGAGCAAGCCCUCGUCGCUUUUUUCCGCUUCUCGCCUCCCAAAACACUGUCUUAGAUAUUUGUGUGGCUGAGAAUCAUUUCCUUGAGAGUAAAAAGGGAAUUUUAAAGUUAGAUUAUUUCUAGUAAGGUGACAUUUUUUUUGGGACAAGCUAAAAAGGAAAGGGUGUCACAUGAAAUGGGAUAGAGGGAGUAUGAUAUAUGUGAGAAUUUUAAGUUGUAAGUAACAAAACAAAAUGUAAGUGGAAGAGGCAUACCUGCUAAGUUUGUUUCAUCCAAUGCUUGAUGUCUAUUCAUAUAAGAUGUUUAAUGACUAAAGGAAAUAUAAAAUCAUCCUUGAUUGUGUUGGAUUGAUGAAGGAAAAUAUUGGGCCAAAAACGACUACAAUGCCAUAAGUUCUGUACAUGUACAAAUUUUUGGAAGGUUGUAAAUGGUAUUAUUAAGUUUGGGCAUAACAUUAACUAAAGCAACCAAAAACAUUGCGAGUGUCUCUACAAAUUUGAAGAGGCUAUAAGUGAAAUUAUUAACUUUUAGCUUAAAUUUAAAUAAGACAAGAACUUGUGGAUUUUUUUUUUAGGAAUUUCAAGAGGGUGCAAAAGGUAUUAUUAGCAUUUACCAUAUAAGAUAGGGAUUAAGGGUAAGUAACUAAAACAGAUGAAAAAAAGAAUUACAACUAAUUAGUUUUAACAUGCAACUUCUUAUUUACUCACUUGAAUAUGUAAUUUAACCUAGUGUACUUAUAAUUUAUUAUUUAAUUAAAUAUGAUGGUUAUUUUGAUUUAUUAUAGGGGUAAAAUAGUAAUCCAACUUCGCACUUUGAAGGUUUUCACUUUUAAUAAUAUAUGAUGAUAUGAUGUUUUAUAAUAACUAGUCUUGGACUAAAUAUAUAUAUUCGUAUUUUUUCUCCAUUUGCGUCUUUUUUCAUUAAAUUCCACUCUUUAUAUGCGCUUCACGCUUAAAGCUCCAAUGGACCUUAAAGUUUUCCUGUGCUUUUCGCUUUUGAUAACAUUGUGUCCUCCACACCUUCCUAUCUAAGGUCAUGUCCUCGUAAGCUGUCAUUGUGUCAUGUCCUAUCUAAUUACCUCUUCUAAAUCCAUUCAUAGCCCCUCUGCAUUGGAGAAUCCGUGCAUCUCCUCAUCACAUACUCGAGCCAAUUCAACCUCGCUUCGCGCAUCUUGUCUUUUACCAAAGUUACUUCCACCUUAUCUCAAAUAUCCUCAUUUUUAAUCCUACCUCUCCUAGUAGACCCACACAUCCAUCAAAGUAUCUUCAUCUCCACCACUUCCGUUGUCGGAUGUGAGAGUUUUUGAAUGGCCAACACUCUACCCUCUACCCCAUACACCAUAAUGGUUAACCACCACUUGUAGAGCUUGUCUUUAAGUUUUGGUGGCACCUUCUUAUCACAUAAGACUCCGGAUGCAAGCCUCUAGUUCAUCCACUUUGCACCAACAUGGUGAGUGACAUCCUCAUCAAUCUUUCAUGAUACUUGAGACUACCUCUCUUCUAGAUGGCGUGUGUAUCAAACCUCGCUUCCUCGUCAGCCUUGUGUGUCAUAUCACUCAGCCUCGUGCGUCAUAUCACUGAACAUGCACUUCAAAUACUUGUGUUUGUCUAGCUCAACUUGAACCCUUUAUACUUUAAGGUUUGUCUUCAACCUCCAACUUAGUGUCAACUCUGUCACGAGUCUUGUCAAUAAAAAUUGCGUCAUCUGCAAAAUGCAAAUAAUAUACACCAUGGCACCUCACCUUGAAUUUGUCGCGUCAAUACAUCCAUGACCAAGGCAAAAAAAAAACUGCUUGAUUGAUGCUUUAGUUUCUAAUUAUUUGUUCUAAUGUAUAUGGUUGGUCUUUGCUAUUUCAUUAGCAAUUGUAACUCCACCAAAGGAAUGAUAAUUUGAAGUUGAUAGUCUGUCUAAUCCUAGAGAGAAAAUAGAGGUUGUGUUUGUUCUUGAAAAUUGCUAAAAGAUCCAUCUCUUUUCCGGACUGGAGGUGCUUUUAACCUAAACUGCUUGACUAAAAUAAUACGGUUUGGGUCAAAAUGGACAACCAACUGGUCAUAACCACCGCCACCACCCUCCUCCCUGGCCUCGGCCAAUUCAAAAUUAUUUCCUUGUUGUUCUUUUUGUAGUUCUUUAAACAUCUAAAUUCACCAAAAAUCUUUUCUUUAUAGAGAGUUUGUGUUUUAGUAUCUCUUUCGAUAAGUUAAUUAUAUUUUUAGUUAAAAAGGUUCUUGUUCUUUAUAGUGAAAACAUAGGUGAACU